ACACGUAAACAAACGAUGACGUACUUCCAGCAAACCCCUCCCUCGGCGCAAGGCUUACCUUUUGUCAAGGGGCGACGACGGGAGGAGAACAAGGGACAGCGUCAGCUUUUCUGGAAAAACAGGUCCACCAUGAGCGCCGAGGAAGCCGCCGCACCCACCAAGAGCGUCCCCGAGGACGAUGGCAUGACCUGGUGGUACCGGUGGCUCUGCAAGAUCGCAGGGGUCUUAGGAGGGAUAUCCUGUGCCGUGUCGGGAGUGUGGAUGUGUGUCACUGUGAACCCCCUGAACAUCGCUGCUGGAGUGUGGAUGGUGCUGAAUGCCUUUGUCCUGUUCCUGUGUGAAGUCCCUUUCUGCUGCCAGUUCAUAGAGUUUGCUAACGCAGUCGCGGCCAGGGCCGACAAACUCAAGCCCUGGCAGAAGGCCUUCUUCUACUGUGGAAUGGCUCUUUUCCCAGUGGUCUUGAGUUUCUCCAUCACGACAUUGUUCGGGAAUGGCAUUGCCUUCGCCACUGGAGUUCUGUAUGGCCUGGCCUCCCUCGGCAAAAAGGGAGACGCGGUCACCUACGCCCGCCUGCAGCACCAGAAACAGGGCGACGAGGAGAAGAUGACCGGGACCACAGACGAGUGAACGUCUCUCCUCACCUUUUAUCCCCCUCGCCUUUUUUCCGUUUCCCCAGAGGGACAGUGGUCCUACCCGCCAUUUUGGUUCCUCGCUCCCUAUCUCCCCCCUCCGUCCCUUCAUCCUCUAAACUUUAUAGGUCGACAGCCAACUUGUCAAACUCAUUGUAUUUAUUCACUGAGACGCUGCAUUGUGUUGUUCGGACCCAGUGCGAGCCCUCUGAAUAAACGUUAUGUGGUGUGUACACGUAGAUCACUUUUAAGCUUAAUUUCGGACUUCAGUUGAGAUUUUGGGGUUUUAUUUAUUUGUUUUUGCUACUGUGAACUGUGUAAUGUAUUCCUUGGAACCUAUGAGCCUUUCAGGGAAAUCUGAACAGAAUCAAACAUUGUUAACCUGACCAAUCCUACCUUUACCAAGGAAUGUUAUUCAGAGUGGCUUGGCCCUGUUUGUUACUCAUCAGAACUAAUGCAGGAUUAGCUAUUCUGAUUUAAAAACAUGCUAAGAAAUACUUUAAUUCCACUACAAUAAGGGACUUUUGAGCAUCAACGUAUAAUAUAUAUAUCAAUGUAUAAUACAUACUUAGUAAUUUUGGGUUGAUGAUUCUGGAUAGCAGCCUAGGUCCAUGUUGGCAUCAGGGAAAUGUUUACAAUUAGGGAUGUAUUCUGUGACCCAAAGAGGAAGAAUUUCUGCACCCAUUAUGUUUUAUGUUUUGUUUGAUUUGUUUCUAAAUCGUCCUCUCAUGGUCAGUCAAAGAGUUGUGGACCUUUUCCAUACCGUCGGUUAUCUUCACCACUCCAUUGUGUGAGUCAACUUGGAAUGGUGGAGAUAUCCCUUCGUGUUUCUGCUUUCAAGAUGCCAGCACUUACACUUUGGCCGCAGGUUGUUGGUUCAAAGCCGCCUACCAUUCACUGUAACUUUGUAGUCAUUUAGCGGACACUUUCGUCUAAGGGGACUUGCGGUGGUCUGAGAUACCAGAGACACCUUGCAGUGAUCCCAGCUACAAGCAUUAUGGGAGAUAGGGUACCUACCCUAUAGGGUAUCUACAGGUAGAAUGGGAAAGCAAACCCUGCACCUUUAAUCUGGGAGGGGAACUGCCCAGCCACUACACUCCUGCCUCUACCCUGUGAUGUAAGCCUCUUAUAAAACGCUUUUGAAAUACUUCUUAACUUUGUAGUGUUCAGGGGAGAGUUUGGAUUAAGUGUUAGCCCUUUGUUGUUUAUUUAAUGCGCCUAGGUACGACCCCCUUCCCCAAAAGUGUCUUGAUUCAGGGACUACUUGUUGUGUAUGCACAAACACAAUGGCGGCUGUGGUUUGGCCUUUUGUCAGUAGUCGGCCUGUCGCGUUGUGCGGAGCCGGUGAGUUCCUGUCCUUCCCUUACAGUGUUUGUGUGACUUGCCUUGCCUUUAUUUGUUAAAAGGGAUUGCUCAUUAAACCCUCUUGUGCACACAGCUCUUACGGUCAUGUAGUGAAGCCUACCCACUGAGCUGGGUCUUUUUACACCAAUGCCCACAGACCUUUUGUGUGCAAUGCAAUGGAUACCGAUGAAUGUGUAGUAGCUUUAUAAUGAACACAGCGUAAUGAGCCAGCGUAUUAAACAUAAACUAAUGUUUAGGCCUUGUGCAUCAACCGGUAAGCAGGCAUUAAGUAUUGUAGCGGCGGUACUGCGUUGAUGUGUUUGACAUUCGAUGGUCCUUUACAUCUGAUGUCGUAAAGCGCAGUAGGGGAUAUGUGAAUGGAAUGUAUUUUGAUUUGAACUGUGUGGUUGCUGUGGCUUGGGGGAUUAAACAAGGCUGAUAAUACUGGUACUAUAAACGCCCGCAUUUGAUUUGAUUUAUCAUGUGUUCUUUUUUUUGGUUUCUUUAAUUUCCAAAAAAUAAAAUGUCUGUCUUUAAA